CCUCGAACCAGACUCAGAGUUAAAUUUCUCAAAAGAAGCAAUAUAACUCGUUGAUCCUUUAAUAGGCACAACUAAGCCAAAGACGGUUACCUCAAUCCUUCCAUCACUCACAUCCAAAUCCACAGUCUUACAACAGAAACAAACAAAAAUGCGAAAAAACACACAAAAAAUAAAAUUGUCUCGAAAGAAAAAUAAUAAUACUAAUGAUGUAAAACUCUUGUCCCAACCUUCCGAACAGCACAAUCUCCCAUAUCCUUCGCCCUGGUCCUGACUGAAGCAGCUUCGGCGGGCUUACUGGUUGAAGCCCGCCACUUCACCGCUUUUUGCUCCAUCAAGCGCCAUGUUGUCCCCCACGAGCCUGUCCUCUCUCUGGGUUUCCCAAAUCCGUCUUCUUUUUUGUUCUCCCGAUGCCUCCUCAUUUGUUUCAAUUUCCACGCCUCUAGUUGUGUUCUGCGUUGUUUCUAGGAUAGACUCCUUCCCCCCUCCUCCCAUUCUGCUAUCAAAUUUAUUGUCCCCCAUAUUCAUGUGAUCCCUGCUAGAACUUGACGAUCCGUCCACCAGCCAUUUAUUUUCUCCUAUUGGGCUAGUGUUCACCCCGCUACCUGUUCUAAGCUGGACCUCGAAAUUUUUCACCAGAUCCAGAUCCUCUUCAUAAGUCAGUAGGCGAAAUUUAUCUGAAUGCCCUAUUAUGCCGCAUAUAAAACAGAAGUUGGGAGCUUUUCAUACCAAUAUCUUCUUCCUUCUUUCUUAAGAUUAGUACUCUUUUUCAAAGGCUUUUCCACAUUCAUACUCACCCUGACUCUCAUAUAAGAUUCCCACUUCUCACUAUACUCAUUAUCAUCAUAUCUUAUAAAUUUUCCAAUAAAAGUACCAACUCACCUAGCAGUACCUAUAUUCACUAGGUUGUAGGGAGCAUCAUGAACUUGAACCCAUAACUCAUCCUCAUUUAAACAAAUUUUAUGUGGAAUAUCAUCCGGAUUAACUUCUUUCAAAAUCAGCAAAUUACGCUCAAAUUUCCAAGGACCACCAUCUAGCACAUGUUUCAUAUCAACAAAAUGAUAAAAAGUUAACAGGUACCUCUUAUCACCUACUUCUUUAAUCGAAAUUCCCUUCCCCGGCCUCCAUAGCGAUGACAUGAGUUCCUAGAAGGCUGGAAAUUUGACAUUCCUAUCUGUCAGCAAGAUUCCCACAACCGGGAACCCCGGUUUAUUCUCCACAACCGGAGAAUCCUCAAGAUCAGCUUCAUCGAGAUCCAUUUAUUCUUCCCUUGCACCAAUCGCCAUCUUUUUAUAUUGAUCAACAAAGCUUUCCAUGCAAUCCAGAUGUCUUGCCCUCUUACUGAAACAACCGUCGGUGUUGUGGGCUCCGUCCAGGUCCUCUUGAAGUCGUUGAUCCCAAACCAGAAGCCCUACACGCCCCUCAAGCGAAACCUCCUUCCAAAACCAGACUGCCGAAUCCGAUUGCCGAUAACCCACAAGAGGCUGGAAAACCAGCCCCGCUCCUCAGUUUUGCCGAUAGCGGGCGAUCCUAAACUAGCGAUUACCUUACGGUAACCCUGGAGAGAGAACGGAAACUAAGGGUUUCUUUGUUAAGUUCUUAUACGGAGUAGUAAUAAGUAUUAUACGAAGUACUUUUUAAUGGAUCCGAGUUCUUAUUUAGUUAGAUUUUGAAGGUUAAUUUGAUUUAAUAGGAGUAAUAGUCAAAAAAUUGUAUAAAUGAAGAAAAAUCCACUUUUGCUCUGAUGAGUACCACUUUUGCAUGUUGUACCUAACUUUCAACUUCUCCACAUCUAGUGUACAUUUUAGCUAGUGAUCAUUUGCCGUUCUUCCGACGAAAACUCUAGUACAUUUCAGCCGUUUUUUUAAUUUGAAUGACAAAUUUCAAGGUUAUUUUAGUAGUUAUACUCUAUUAAAAUGGAUAUUCCACCUAAGCCUUCCUCUCUCCCUUACGCCCUUACUCUUUCUCCCUUAGAACAAACUCUUUCUUUCUCUGAACUAAUUGUUUUGACCGACAUGGCAAACCCUAAAAACUUACCAGAGAACGAGGACACGAGCUGCUAGAGUAUUUACAAUUGGAAUGGGAUGUAGAUUACAUGGAGAAGGGACAAGAGCUCGAGAUUUUUUUUCAUUAAAUGUUUGUGUUAAUGGCAUGGUAUUAUGCUUUUGGACAAGGUAGGGUACGGAUUCCGUUUUUAAUGAGAUUCUAUUUUCAUUUUACCUUUUUGGAUUUGACAAAUGAGACUAUAUAUAUUCUUUUUCCUUUUUUACUUUACCUAAACAUCUGUGUGUACUAUGAAAAUUUAGUAUUUAUGAUACUUUUAUUAUGUAUAUAUUUAUUUAGUUAUGAGAGACACUUUGAAUGACUGAACUACCACAUUAAAUGCUUUUUAAGUAGCCCUGUGUAAAACCACAUUUACUCUAACAUUGUUGUGUGGAGGAAGAAUCGGUGAGACAUGCACACCUUGUUAAAGGGAGGCACUAUCCAUUUGUUUUGUGAUCCAGAUGUGGAUGAAUUUGGGUUAACUGUAUUGAAUGAGAAACUACAAAAACUUGGUUGCACCGAGAAGGUGAGGACAGUGCUUUCCUAUUCAGUUUCUUCAUUAAAUGAUUUGAAAGGUGACUCGGGCAUUUGGGAAUUUGGGAAUAAUGGUAGUGUGGUUAAGGUUGUGGAGUUAUGGGUUGAAUUAGAUGAAUUGGAUGAGGGUGGAGAUGUAGAUGAUGACCAUUCAGACAUUAAUUAUACUUACAGUGAGAAGGAUCGAAAAGAUUUUCUUUUGGGGAUGAUAAAGAUUCUUAUCUAGGGGACUUCAUUUGUAAAGAUGGUGUUGAUUUUACAAAUAACAUAGCUUGAAUAGUUGAAUAUGGAGGAUUGCACACCAACA